AUGGUGGUGGAUACUCUAGUUUAUCAUCCUACUCUCAAGAAGCUAAUCAAAUACUUGGACACUACCGCUGGUAGAGAAAAAUCAUUCCGUCUUGUUCAAUACCUUGUUAGAUUUCUAUCCUAUUAUGCUGCUCAAAAAGGUGCAUUGGAUUUAGCCAAAUUAUUCAAAGCUUUACAAAAUCAAUCCACUUUUAUUAGAAAAGGUUUAAGAUUCUUGAAACCUUUAAAUCAUAUUCAAGAUGCUGCUAAAGCAUUUGAUAAUAAAUUAUCAGAUCCAAUCAUUAGAGCCACAGUUGUUUUGAAGAAUUUAGCUUAUGUUGGUUAUUUAUCAUUAGAUUCAGUUGCUUGGUUGAAAUUAUUGGGAUUAGUUUCAAAUAAAUCAUUUGCUAAAGCUCCAAAAUAUGCCAACUGGUUUUGGUUUAUUGGGUUAGUUUCCGGUUUAACUAAUGAUUUGAGAAAGAUUUCAAUCACCACAAGUAAAUUACAAUCUUUGGAUGAAAAAGAUGCUGAGAAAUCAAAAGCCAUCGAAUUGGAGAAAUUCAAAGCUACAAAGAGAUUAGUUUGGGAUUCAUUUGAUUUCUUUAUUGUUUUAAACAAUUUGAAAUUCCUCAAUUACGACGAGGGAUCCAUCGGUUUGGCUGGUACCAUUACAUCACUCUUUGGUGUUCAAGACAUCUGGAGCAAUACAAAGAUCUGA